GGCACGGCAUCCGGUACGGCACACCGCUCAAGUCAGCGUGUCUGCUCUCCGAUGGAAGCCACGGCGGCGCCACGCGUCCAGGCGCUCGCCGACGCCGGCGUCCCCCACCUCCCGGCGCAGUACAUCCAGCCUCCCGAUCUCCGCGCGGACCCCUCGGGCCGCCCCGCGGCCGCCGUCGCUGCCUCCAUCCCCGUCGUCGACCUCUCGGCCACCGCCUCCGCGGCCGACGCCGUCCGCCGCGCCUGCGCCGACUGGGGCGCCUUCCACGUCGUCAACCAUGGCGUGCCGCCCGCGCUGCUCGACGAGAUGCGGGGCGCCGGCCUAGCCUUCUUCCGCGCGCCCAUGGCGGAGAAGCUCCGGUUCGGCUGCGACCGGGCCAAGGGCGCCGCCGCCGAGGGGUACGGCAGCCGCAUGCUCGCCAACGACGACUCCGUGCUCGACUGGCGCGACUACUUCGACCACCACACCCUCCCCGAGUCCCGCCGCGACCCCGCCCGGUGGCCCGACUUCGUCCCCGGAUACAGGGACACUGUUGUGAGAUACAGCAACAGCAUGAAAGGCCUUGCCCAAAGUUUGCUGCGCAUAAUCUCUGAAGGUCUAAACUUGCCGCCCUCUUAUAUGGAAGAGGCGGUGGGUGAACCUUAUCAGAACAUCACCAUAAGCUACUAUUCCCCUUGUCCACAACCAGAUCUUGCUCUCGGAUUACAAUCUCAUUCUGACUUUGGCGCAAUAACACUUCUAAUACAAGAUGAUGUGGGUGGGCUCGAGGUAUUGAAGGACAGGACGUGGAUACCUGUGCCUCCUUUAUCUGAUGGGAUCCUUGUAAUUUUGUCUGACCAAACAGAGAUCAUAACCAAUGGAAGAUACAAGAGUGCAGUGCAUCGAGCUGUUGUCAACGCCAAUCGUGCCCGCUUGUCAGUAGCAACAUUCUAUGAUCCAUCUAAAUCUCGGAAAAUAUGUACUGCUCCACAGCUUGUGAGCAAGGAGCAUCCACAAAAGUACCAGGAUGUGAUCUAUGGCGACUAUGUGUCAUCCUGGUACAUCAAGGGCCCUGAGGGCAAGCGCAACAUUGAUGCCCUCCUGAUCAAGCAAUAGACAGGGAUGAACAUUCAUGUGCGCUGCAAAAUGUGUAAUCCAUACAAGGCGCUGAUAAACUUGAUCAAUAAAGAGAAGAAAACGAGGUUGUAUGUGAUGUGAAUUGUUUUAGUGUGAAACUUCACUCUAGACUUCUUGAGAACCAGAUGUGAAAAUCUAAAGCUAUUCGUUUAGUUGGUGUGACAAA